GUGCGUGGCCCUGUGGUACGUGCCUGCGCCGUCCGCGUAGCCUGAGGCUGAGGUGGCAUCCCUCCGGCCAACAUGGAACUGCCACAGAUGCCGGAGCUGAUGGGAGUGUCGCUCUUGCUAGGGCUGCUGGCCCUGGUGGCGACGGCGGCGGUAGCGCGGGGGUGGCUACGCUCAGAGGAAGAGACCAGCGGCCGGCCUGCCGGCCAAAAAGCAAAUGGACUUCCACUUGACAAGUCCUUGAAAUCCAAGAAGCAGAAACAGCAACAGCGUAUUCGUAAGGAGAAGCCUCAACAACACAACUUCACCCACCGUCUCCUGGCUGCAGCACUGAAGAGCCACAGUGGGAACAUAUCUUGCAUGGAUUUUAGCAGCAAUGGCAAGUACCUGGCCACCUGUGCAGAUGACCGCACCGUCCUCAUCUGGAGCACAAAGGACUUCCUACAGCGGGAGCACCGCAGCAUGAGAGCCAAUGUGGAGCUGGACCAUGCCACCCUGGUGCGCUUCAGCCCUGACUGCAGAGCCUUCAUUGUCUGGCUGGCCAAUGGCGAUACCCUCCGUGUCUUCAAGAUGACCAAGCGAGAGGAUGGGGGAUAUAUAUUCACACCCACCCCAGAAGAUUUUCCUAAAAAGCACAAGGCACCUGUCAUCAACAUUGGCAUUGCUGAUACAGGAAAGUUCAUCAUGACUGCUUCCAGUGACACAACUGUCCUCAUCUGGAAUCUGAAAGGUCAGGUGUUGUCUACCAUUAACACCAACCAGAUGAACAAUGCACAUGCUGCUAUAUCCCCUUGUAGCAGGUUUGUGGCCUCAUGUGGCUUCACCCCGGAUGUCAAAGUUUGGGAAGUCUGCUUUGGGAAAAAAGGUGACUUCCAAGAGGUUGUACGAGCCUUUGAACUGAAGGGCCACUCAGCAGCUGUCCACUUCUUUGCUUUCUCCAAUGACUCCCGAAGGAUGGCCUCUGUCUCCAAGGAUGGUACAUGGAAACUGUGGGACACAGAUGUGGAAUACAAGAAGCAGCAGGACCCCUACUUGCUGAGGACAGGCCGCUUUGAAGAGGCGAGUACCAACCCCUGCCGCCUGGCACUGUCCCCUGAUGCUCAGGUCUUGGCUUUGGCCAGUGGCACCAGUAUUCAUCUCUACAAUACCCGGCGGGGUGAGAAAGAAGAAUGCUUUGAGCAGGUCCAUGGGGAAUGUAUCACUGACUUGUCCUUUGAUAUCACUGGCCGACUUCUGGCCUCCUGUGGGGACCGAGCAGUGCGGCUGUUUCAUAACUCCCCUGGUCAUCGGGCAGUGGUGGAAGAAAUGCAAAGCCUCCUGAAACGGGCCUCCAAUGAGAGCACCCGCAAGAGGCUGCAACAGCAGCUGACCCAGGCCCAGGAGGCCCUGAAGAGCCUGGGUGCCUUGAAGAAAUGACUCUGAAGGGUGUAGCAGGAAGGAUCUGGCCUUCUGUUGCCACCACUGCUGACACUUUUCUUUCCCGUACUCACCAGCUGGAAACCUUUUGAAAGGGGUUCCUGAUUUUUUUUAAUGGUGGCCCCUCUUCUCCCCUUUCCAUUGAAGCUGUUCUUGCCUA